AUGCUCUUGUCUGCCGCUCGUUCCUUCAGCCUCAGCACUGUCGUCUUUGCGCCUCUGGUCUUAUCUCAUGGCCAUGUGUCCGAGGUCAUCAUUGAUGACAAAAGUUACUAUGGUCAUGACCCUACCAAAGUCCCCUACGGACCUCAGCCUGAAAGCAUCACCUGGUCAAACGGUGCUAAAGACAACGGUUUCGUGAUAUCCACCGCGAGCUCCCUGUCUUCCCCAGACAUCGUUUGUCACCUCAAUGCUACCAACGGGCAUCUGACCGCAGACGUCACUGCCGGCACAACCAUUACUGUUCGUUGGUCAGACUGGCCAGAAGCCCACUGGGGACCUGUGUUGGACUACAUGGCGCGAUGUUCGAACAACGAUUGCACAACAGUCGAUAAAGCCAAAUUGAAGUUUUUUAAGAUCGACGAGCUGGGUCAGUUGACACGAGGAACGGUGCCUGGACAACCGGGAUACUGGGCAAACAACAAACUUCGGGAUGCAAAUUUCACAUGGAACAUAACUAUCCCGGCCAAUCUGGCGCCUGGAAGCUAUGUUCUCAGACAUGAAAUUAUUGCACUCCAUCCUGGAGGCGCUGAAGGAACAACACAAAUGUAUCCUCAAUGCGUCAAUCUUGUUGUUAAAGGACAUGGUACUGUACAACCAGAUGGCGUGUUUGCUACGGACCUAUACUCUUCUACAGAUGCGGGUUUGCUGCAUAAUGUUUUUGUGGAUGAGUGGAGUAGCACAGAUAAAGUCCUACAAGAUCGGAGUGUAAUCCGAGGCCUAAUAAAUAGACUAAUAAGCUAA